AUGCUCGAGCCUCCUUCACUUCCACCAAUAGAGCUGCAUUCACUCAUUUUAUAUAAUAUUCAUCAAUGGAAAACCGUCGAAAAAUCAUACGAAAACUAUAAAAAAGUGUGCAGAUGGCCAGUGGAAAGAAAUAUAUUGUCGUCAGAAGAUUUCAAAUAUUUAUUCGAUCAAUAUUCAAAAGAAUAUUAUUAUCUGAGUAGAAAUGGACGUAAACUCCCAAAGUACUGCUCCGAAAUUUGCAUUCAUUCCGAUUUCGUCGAGGAAAUUUCAAAAAAAGGAUCUUAUGAAAAGAUUAAAGAUGCACUCGGUGAAAAUAUGAUGUAUAGAGAUGUAUUCGAGUAUUUUUAUGAUAAAUUCGAAUUGAAAGCAGCCUCGAAACAUCUGAAAUUCAGUGAUUUGCCGUUCGAUGUUAUCCGAAUUGUUGUAGAAUACGGAGAUUUAAAAUCAAAAUUGACUCUUCGAAAAGUGUCAAGAGAUCUUCGAAUGAUUGUCGAUCAACAGAAACCAGCAUUCAAAUCGAUUAGUAUCCGAAAUGAAAACUAUGAAUCUAUUUACGUCGAUUUCAAUGAUCGAAGUAUAGUUUAUACAAAUAAUCAAUAUCAUCCGAUGAAAUAUAAAACAAAAGUGAUUGUGAACUAUCAUUUUGAGGAGAUUGCAUUCGAUGAUUUCGCAUUUGCAUUCAGAAAUCCCGCACUUCAACUGAGUUCUCUUCUUAUUCGAUUGACUGAUUUGGAGUAUGAACAACGGUUGAUUAACAUUCUCAACUCAUUGAAUCACCAAAUCCACGUGGAGUAUUGUUUAAUAGAUUUUGGAAAUGAAGAAUAUGUUAUCAAUAUUUUGAAAUGUCUGGAACCAAAAACACUGAAUAAAUUGACUGUAUGUUAUGCGCCCUCUGAUUCAAAUGAUGGCGACGAGAUCAGUUUCAUGAGUUUGGAAGAAGUGUCUACGAUGGAUUUAUGGAAACAAGUGAAGCAUGUGAAAGUAUUGGAUAUACCGAUCAUAUCGAUCGAUCCAUUUCUUCAUUUGAACACAUUCGAAGUUGAAGUCGAAUCGAUUUCAAUGGAGGACUUGUUGAAGCUAAGAAAUGCUGCAUCCGAAUCGACCAACUUCGUAUCCUGUACAAUUAAUUCUGAACAAUUCGUAAUUGAUGAGUUCAUUGCGAUUAAACUUUGUAUUGUGGAUAUGUAUGGAAGGAUAGUAUCAGAAUUUUGUAAUGCCAUGGGGUGUUCUCGUUUAGUAUUAUUUGGUCAAAUUCUCUUCACCAUCUUCUUCAUCAGUGUUAACUCCUCCCAGGAUUCGCUACGCAACACGAGGAGAAACACUAUCCAUGCUUAUAUUGUCUCCAUCUCCGCAAUGAUUCUGUCGGAAUGGACAUUUCAUAGAGAAAUGAGUCUUGCCGGUGGCAACUACUACGAAUCCGCCGUCAGAUGGGGAACUUUUUUCUCGUGCAUCUCUUCCAUUAUCGGCGGAAAAAUAGCUGCACGCGUUUCGAAUAUGAUCCUCGAUUCGUUUUCCGUCGACAUUGAGCUCGGCAAUUGCGGGAAGUGCAAAAUGAUAUCCAUGAUUCGUAGAUAUGAAUAUAAUUGGCAACUUGUCUGCGACGAAUGCGGUGGUUUUUAA